AUGGAGCAAUUGAAGUGGUCAACACCGAUUAAAAAUAGAAAUGAACGUGAAAAUUUUAUAUGUACUAGUCCUAUAAUUUAUAAAACUCCUGUGAAAAAAUAUGAAACAAGUUCAAGGCAUGCAACAUAUCAAAAUAACACGAGUUGCUUUAGUGUUCUACCAAAUCAUAUUACACCACCAUCAGGUUUAACAAAGUUCAUAGCAAGAAAUCCAUUUGAAACUGAUUUAACUAGUAGAUUACAUUUAUCUGUGAUUAGUCCAACAGUAUUUAAUAAGGCCUCAAAUUCACCUCAGCAAUCUCCAGAUUUUGCUUGGAGUGUUGAUGAGCUGGCAUUAAUGCAACCAGCAAAGAUAGAAGAAUUUCCCUCGCAACAGAUUCAUUGCAUAGAUCCAGAGACUGAAAUAAAAGCUCAAGCAGCCAUUGAUCAAUUUUUCAAUGGAAAUGAAAUAAUUCCAAGUCCAUGGGAGUUAAAAAGAAAAGAGAUUAGAACAAAUAUUAAAGUGAAUACUCCUAUAACAGUCUGCAGUGACUUGAAUUCAGAAUCAGCAAAAGCAAAGAAAGAUGGCUGGAGUCAAACAGUAUUAACAUUCCCCCCUGAAUUGCCAUCACAUGUCAUAGAAAUUUUAAAACCUUACUUUACAUUUACUCAAGAGCAAAAUGUUGAAAGUGAUGAUGCAAAUUCAAGUAACAACUCCUUAAGACGAAAGUUAUUCUUCAAUCAUGAAGACUUUGUAGAAAAUGAAGAAGACUCUUCAGUUUGCCUCUCACCAGUAAAAAUAAAUGGAUCUCUAGUAUUGUCUUCCAGCCCUCCACAAAGUGGAAUGUUAGUCCAUGGUGCUGCACUGAAGCAUUCACAAGAUGAGGGCUACAAUCAUGAAACGUCACAAAUUAUCUCUGAAAAUUUAUCGCCACCUAAUAUAUCUCCUAUACAGAGUACGAUAAAUAAUAUGUCGUGCGAAAGUGUGCGAUCUCGACCCCGUUCGGUUGCUCGAUUAGAUUUCACUACAGAAAUGAGUAUAGAUCAAUCCAGUAUACAAGAUAAGGAAUGUUUGGAUAACCAUUCUGAAGAUAAAUCACUUAAUAAUGUAUACCACGCACGUAUUCAAGCUGAUACCUGCGCGGAAGUAAAAGUUCUUGCAAAGAACUCGACAGAAUUCGAGCACAAUCAUGAGACAGGAACUUUAGAAUUUAAUCCUGAACAGGUUAAUGUUGUCAACACGUUUAAAUAUCUAACCGAGUCGUGCAAGAUAAAUACAAACGAAAGUUACAUAUUACAGCAGACUAACACAAUGCUUGGUAUUUCCGAUCAGCAAAGUGUUUCCAAUUCUGUACAAGAUACUGGUUAUCAAACUUACAGUAUGAGUAGCACAACGAAUAUAACUGAUAGCUAUAACACUACUCCAAUAAAGCAGAAAGCUUGCUGGGGUGAUCGAAUUCUAAUGACCGAUGAGAAGUUUCGUUUAUAUGAUUGGAAAGAGAACAUGAAAAAUGUAUUUAGUUCGACUCCAUCGCGAUCGAAUAGAGAAAAAGAAAAUCAUCUUUCCACUGCCUUUGUGUUAGCUGCAAUAUAUUUUGAUACCAACGAAUAUGAAUGA